UAUUUUAAUGCAUUUGAUAAUCAAAGAAGCGUUAAUAUACCAAUUUAUAAAGGAGAAGGAAAGAAAACAAAUGAAGAAGGAAUGGAACUUGUCACAGAAGUAACAAUAGAAGGACUUCCACCUGGAUUAAAAGCAGGAGAAUUUAAAAUGAUUUACCAAACAACAGUAAACAGAAGUGGUCUUGUUGAAGUUGAGAUAGUUAAAAAAGAGACAGGUGAGCAUCUUGAAAAAAUGAAAGCAUUUGUGAAUUUAGGAUUUGAUGAAGAUAUGAUCAAGAAGCUUCAGCAACAUCUUGAACCUUACAUAAGAAAUUCUGAAUAA